UCCAUUUCGGCUGGAGAGUGAUGAUUUUCCCGGAGUUGAGGCAGCUUAAAAAAAAAAAAGCAAACAAACAGUAAGAACUUAUAAUUGAAAACACGCCAUCUCACCCUGGAAUUAUUGUAAAUAGUGAUUUUUAACAAAUUAUGGUUUGCAAACAUGUGUGGAUCUACUGCUGAGCUGUGAAUUUAUGGGUAUUUGUGCAGGCCGAGACUGUCCAUAGUUGUAAUUUAAAAAAAAAAAAAACACAAACACCGAAGAGUUUUUAUGUAUUAUUAAUUCAUGCUGUUUCUUUUUUUUUUUUUUUUGCAUAACGUGACAAGCGAAAUACGAUAACCGAUAUAAUAAAUUAAGACGAAAAUCGAUGGACAACUGUGAUAUUCCGAAAUGGAAGUGAAUUCAGGUGAACCGUGCAGGACAACACACCAGCACAAACUAUUUUGUGAAGGUUGCAAAGAAUAUUAUGUAGACGAGUGUCCCGGACACGGCCCCCCGAAGUUCCUUAAAGACUCGAUACCAGAGAAAGCGUCGACAUGCAGAGUGCUGCACACACUUCCUCCAGGACUGGCGGCAGGACCGUCCCACGCACAGGGUAGCCGCAUUGGGAUCUGGUGUGUGGGACAGGCUCUACAGAAAGGAAUUUUCUUUGGACCGGUGGAAGAGCAGCUUGAAUACUGCAGCUCAGUAGAGGCUGCAAAGGAUGGAGACAAAGUAGAUGGGCUAGAUAACACUCAGUCUGUAGAGGAAGCAGUAAAUUGGAUGAACUUCGCUUGCUCAGCAAGAAGUGAGAAAGAGCAGAAUGUGGUCGUGUUUCACUUCCACGGCAAGCUUCACUUCAGAGUGUUGAAGGUCAUUGAACCCGGAAUGGAACUUCUGCUUGGGCCUGAAGAGGGCAGAAAGGAUUCAUCAGAAGAGGGCCUGUGUAGAGAGGAUGCUGUGGCAUGCUUGGCCCAGGAAAACUGCUCUGUAAACGAGAAGUGUGGCACGCCUGAGAAACUGGCACUGCAAGGAGCAGACAUCGAGCCAGAAGAUAAUGGUCCACAACCGUUACUAGGUCCAGAAGAAGAAGUAAUAGUUCCACUGAAAAGGCCCCUGCGAUUCCUGAGCAAAAAUAGAAAACCGGAAGUUUCUGCUGUAAGAAAGAAGGACUUAAGUAGGACUUCAAAUUGUACGGUCAAAAGGACAGGUCCAGAAAACCAUGGUGGGAACGAAUCUUGUAAACUGGACAAUAAUGAAAGUCUUCCCCCAGUGGUACCGCCUAAAACACCCCAAGAUAAGAAUUGUGACGCUGUGUGGAUAACACAGCAGUCAAAUGCUGAAUGUAGGGGAGAAGAAGUUGAAAGGAUGGGCGGGUCCAGGGCUAGUUCUCGCUUGGCUGCUAAACCGCGAAAGGUGCACACACUGGUUAGCAGGAUCCAAAAACGCUUGCAGGAAAGGAAACUGAGGGUCCUGGAGCAACAAUCAAAGGAGAGACAUGUGUCUGGGGAGGGUAAGCAUGAAACCAAGCCAGAAGAGGCUGCGACAGAGGAAAAAGAACAAGAAGCCCUGCGGGAUGAAGAGGUAAACGAGGAAACAAGGAAUAAAACCACAGCGGAAAAUGGUGACAACCUCAUAUCACACGAAGACGAAACAUCUCCUCAACAACAGUCUCCUUCCCAAUGCAAGGUGCGGACGGGUGCUUCCCAUACUGCCGCCAGGGAAAGGAAGUACAGGUGCGACGAAUGUGGGAAAAGAUUCCUCCAGCUGUGCCACCUGAAGAAGCACAAGUUCACCCACCUGGACUACAAGCCCUACCUGUGCACAGAGUGUGGCAAGAGCUACAGCUCACAGGAGAGCUUCCGGGCGCACCUCCUGUUCCACAAGGGCGAGAGACCCUUUAAGUGCGAGCAGUGCGAGAAGGCGUACGGGACCAAGCGAGAUCUGAAAGAGCACGAGAUCCUUCACACGGGACGCCGGCCCUUCGUCUGCGACCAGUGCGGCAAAGCCUAUGCCCGACGGCCCUCUCUGCGCAUCCACAAGGAGAUCCACCGGAUGAAGGAGCUCAACCUGGGGAACACCAAGAUGUGCAAGUGCGCCGUCUGCGACAAGGAGCUGGCCAACCCCGGAUCUCUGAGGAACCACAUGAGACUUCACACGGGAGAGAAGCCCUUCCUGUGCCCCUACUGCGGGAAGUCCUUCCGGCAACAGGGCAACCUCCGGGGCCACCUCCGCAUUCACACUGGGGAGAAGCCUUACAGAUGCGAGUACUGUAACGGCUACUUCUCGCAGCUGCCCGAGCUCAGGAGGCACCUGAUCUCCCACACCGGGGAGGCGUAUCUGUGCCCGAUCUGCGGCAAGGCCCUGCGGGAUCGCCACACCCUUCGCGCCCAUGAGCAGCUGCACACGGGAGACCGGCCUUACAAAUGCGAUCAGUGUGAGAAGGCCUACACUCUGGCCACCAAGUUGCGCAGACACCAGAAGAGCCACUUGGAGGACAAGCCUUACAAGUGCCCGACGUGCGGAGCAGGGUACACCAUGAGGCAGAGCCUGGUCCGUCACCAGUCGUCCCACAAAAGGAAGGAGGAGAAAUUAGCAGGGGAACUGGCCGAGGCGCUGGCCGCACUGGAAUCUGAUCACCCUCUUCCUCCUUCUUUCAAAGACAAACCCGAGAAAAAGCCUCGGAAGCCCAAGAAGAAGAGGCAGCGAGCGGAUCAGACAGAAAGCAGCAGUGCCACCGAGGAACCCACUGUGGUCUACGUGCACGCUUUUGAAACCAUGGAUGGGGCAUCCGGUGUGGGACAGGGAACUGUGAUGAUAAGCACUGCUGCUCCCCACGAGAACAGUAUGCCGUUCUGUGCCCAGCAGGUCAUUCACAGCGUGAUUGAAUCCUCGUCUGAUCUACCGCAGGCUGUGCAAGGCCAGGCUGGUGGCCACAUCCAGAUAAACGAGGACAUUAUAGAAAUUAUCAUCUCCGACGCAGACAAUAAGUGCAUCAUAGUAGAAGGAGAAAAGUCCCAAAACAAUGUUGUCUUGCUGCAAGGAGACGAAGGGAUAAAUGCAGUAGCUGAGACAGUAGAAAUAGAAACGGGUACCUGAGUUGAGAUGGAAUAUGAAGAUGUAAAUUGCUCAUAA